GAAAAGGGGAGUGAGGGUACAUAGUGCAGCAAUUAGCCAUUCUGCCCGAGCGCCUUAUAAAGGGCAAGCGUCUAGCUGCACGCUUCUCACUCGUUCUCCGUUCUUUUUUCACCUUUUCUCUUUACUUCUUUUCGUUUCCAUCUUUUCCCCUUCUUCUCUAUCCUUCCUUUACUAGUCGCUAUAGCAACAAUAACAACAUGCGCAAAUCCGUCCUUUUGAUCGCUCUACUUGCAUUCGAACAAGCACUUGCACAAACGCCAACCAGCAGUGCUGCAUCCAAUCUUCAAACCCCUACCAGCAACUUUCCUUGGAAAGAGGCUUACCCACCACCCCUCUUGGCCCCUUCGCCAAAGACCGAGUGGGUUCAAGCACUGAGUAAUGCGACGAUCGCUAACGCACCCGUCGGUAACAGAGGUGUUGCUGGCAACGAUCCUUACUGCCACUGGACUUCGACUCAAUGUAAGCGACCUUCCGACAUUUACACUUGCGAACAAGGCCACUGGGGCUUGAGUUUCGAUGAUGGCCCAACUAUCGCCAGUCCUCCUUUGUACGAUUUUUUGAAGCAGCAGAACUUGAAGGCUACAUUUUUCUUGAUCGGUGGCAAUGUUAUCCAAUAUCCCGACAUGGUCAAGAAAAUGCACGAGGACGGACACGAAAUUGCCAUUCACACAUGGUCGCAUACACAACUGACGACACAAACUAACGAACAAAUUGUCGCUGAGCUCAAGUGGACCGAGCAAGCCAUUAAGGAAAUCAUCGGCGUCUCUCCUGUCCUUGUUCGACCGCCACAAGGUGAUAUGGACGACCGUGUUCGUAACAUCACUGAGCAGCUCGGAUUCAAGAUCGCAAUUUGGUCGCAUGAUACCUUCGACUGGGAAAUCGGCACAAACCCAACCGUCACACCUCAGUCCAUUGAACAAGAAGUUACAAGCUGGUUAAACACCGCUACUGGUGGCAUCAGUUUACAGCACGACCGCGUUAAUGAGACUGUCAAUGUCGCCAUUAACACGGUCGUCCCGCUUUUGAAAGGAAAAUACGAAAUGUCCACUGUCGCCGCUUGUGCCAACAUGUCUGCUGAGGAUGUCUACAAGGAAACCGCAGGCAGUGGUAACCAGAGUAGCGGUAAUGGUGGUGAAGGCGCUGCAUCAGCCCUGAUGCCCGCUGCAUUUUUCGUUGCCUUUAGCGCUGUGGCUGCCUCUAUCGUUAGCAGCGCACUCUAAGUUAUGAGUAUAUUAUAAAAACCUUAAUUCAUUUGCUUACCCUCCUCAUCAAUUCAACCUUCAUACACUAAAUAUCCGACAGAGCAAAAGACAUACUUUGGCCAUUAUUUAUCACCUCCCUCACUUCAAGGCAUACUGCAGAUAACUGUAUUUUUUUCCCUUUUCCCCCAAUCUACAAUUUUUUCGAAAAACAGGGAUAAAAAUUCAAAUAGAAGUCUUUGUUUCAGUGAGUCAGCCAAUUAAAAAAUGACAUAUCUUUUCAAAACGUGAUACUAAGAAACGAGUACAUGGCGCGUUCGUACUUUAAGCAUUCAACCACUCUGCUUCGC